AUGGUGAGCCCCACGCUCAUAUUCAAUGGAUCCAUCUCUGGAUUCGUUGGGGUGCUACUUGGUAUCAUUAUCUCCCUCAUAGUGAACUGCACGCUGGUCGAGAUCAGCAUCAGCAGCUACUUCUCCCUCUACUUCGGCGUCCUCUUCGUCGUGGUGGGGGCCAUCAUCCUGUGGAGAAUAUUUAGCCAGGAGCCCGGUGACGGAAUGGGGUCGACAGCAAAGCGAAAGCCGCUCAGCGCCUUCGCGCUGCUCAUCAUCCUCUCAGGCAUCGUGUGCUUCACCCUGGAGCAGAAGUGGUACCACGGAAUGAGCCCAAUUGCCAAGGUGCCGCUGUACAUGGUGCUAGGCACCUCGGUGGCGUUCGCGCUCACCUUCUCAGUGGUUGACUUGGUCAACUACAUCCUAGGCUUCCUUCAGGUGUCCAUCGCCAAGCCCUUCGUGGAGUCUGCCGCGCAGGUGUACAUGGUGCUCACGACCGCCCUUAUCAUGGGCGGACUCUUCGGCCUCAUCUUCGGCAUCAUGGAUGUUGAGGACGAGGUGAGCUACCAGAUACGCCUUGCACUGCUGAGAGAGGAGCGCUACUGCUAUCCGGUGGGGGCGGUGCUGGGCGGCGUGGUCGGGUUCCUCAACGAGUACAUCCGUGAGGAGGAGGAGCGGUGCAGCCCUUCCAUACCGGGCGGCUACGACGAGGACAUCUGA